AUGUUCAACAGAUUUUCACGUGAAAUACGUGGUGCUCACCUAAAUGCUGUGUCACAACUUCAGCAUACUAGAAAUAUAUAUCGUUUCCCAUUAAAGAGUGAUAUCAACAUCACCAAGAACGGUAAGACUCAUAUUGCCGUUGGACAAGGAGGAAGAUCUUCGAGAACCGGCUACACGGUGUCAAUUUUUGGAGUUACUGGAUUCUUGGGUAAGAUUCUCGUCUCCAAAUUGGCUAAACAUGGUACUAAUAUCGUCGCUCCGUUUAGAAAUGGUCGAUCCAAGAGACCCUUGAAAGUCAAUGGAGAUUUGGGAGUAGUGAAUUUCCAUGAAUUUGAUAUCAGAAAUGUCAAAUCCAUCGAGGAAUGCGUCGCUCAUUCCGAUGUGGUGAUCAAUUUGCUCGGUUCUUCUCUCAACACUAAGAACUUCUCGAUGGCAGAUGCCAAUAUUGAAGCCACUAGACGUAUCGCCAAGGCUGCCAAGGAUUAUAACGUGGAUAGAUUUAUUCAGGUCUCUUCCUACAAUGCAGACGUUAAUUCCAAGUCGGAGUUCUUUGCUACCAAAGGUAUUGGAGAACAGGUCGCCAAAGAAUACUAUCCGGAUGCAACUAUAGUGAGACCUUCUCCAAUGUAUGGUCACAACUCCACCAUGUUAAAUCAGCUUCUUCCUUUAAGAGUGUUUGGUGAUAACAUUUUGUUCAAGCAGGAGAUUUAUCCCACUCAUGUUCAACAGGUUGCCGAAGCUUUGGAAAGAAUCACCUUUGACGACUCUACUCUGGGUCAAACUUACGAGCUCUACGGCCCUGAAAGAUACUCCAGAAGAGAACUUAGAGAGAUGCUUAAAUAUAUGACACAUAUCGGUAUGCUUGGCUAUUUCCCUGCUGCUGCUGGCUAUUAUAUGCCUGCCAAUAAACUAGCUGUUAAGUUCUGGUGUUGGUUUAACGAGAAAUUCAGUCCAAGUAUGGAGUCAUUCAACAUUGAUUCUUACAGAAGAGCAUUCAUUGAUCAGGUCAUUGAUCCAAAGGCUUUUACAUACAAGGAUUUGGGCCUUAUUCCAGACGAUAUGGCAGACUUCCUAUACACUUACAUCAAACCUCAUAUUGUGGCAUCUUCUCAAGCUUUGAAUAGAACUGUCUACGGAAGAGAUGAUGUGUUGAAGUUGAGAGAUUAUGUUAAUACUCCAAGGAACAGUCUUGACUUACUUGAUGUUAAGUCCUAG